AUGGCUCAUCUCUUGGCGCGGACUUCACUUCGCUUGCGUGCACCAGGACCUGUAUUCCAAGCACGUCGGCUUCAGCACUCGAUCUUUGGCCCGGAGCAGCCGUUGGCGAACUCACCCCCUACUGUUAGGCCGUCGAUAAUAGAUCGAAACUUGCCUGAGCCGCAUGCACCUCAAACCGCAGGUCCUAGACCACCACCGCCAUCCCCUACACGGGAAAAGCCUAGGCUAAGGGCAACCAAAGCUGCUCUCACUCUCACACCCGACGCCGUUCGGCGGUUGAAGCAGCUUCUCUCUGGACCCACUCCACAGCUUAUUCGGAUCGGCGUGAGGAAUAAGGGCUGCGCUGGGAUGUCUUACCACCUUGAAUAUGUUGAGAAGCCGGGACGAUUCGAUGAAAUAGUGGAACAAGAUGGCGCAAAGGUCUUGAUUGACAGCAAGGCACUCUUCUCUAUUAUCGGGAGCGAAAUGCACUGGAAUGAAGACCGUAUGAGCUCGAAGUUUGUGUUCAAUAAUCCAAACGUAGUCGAUGCAUGUGGAUGCGGAGAAUCAUUCAAUAUUGCUACAUAG